UGUUAUAUGUCAUAGUUAUCACCGCAAAAUUGUGGUAUUUACCCAACUCAAGAGUAGUUUUAUAUUUCUGGUUAUUAUUUGAAAUGUGACAAGUUAGAAUUUUGCUGGAAAAGAAACGUCCAGCUGAAGGCAAAACAUAACAUCUAUUUUCUGAAUUAUAAAGAUAUUUCAAAGCCAUAAAAUGUAUUCAAGACCCAAGCCAGGUGAAACUGAAGAAGACAUUCUGAAAUUACAAGACGAAUUUCUAAAAUCUAAGGAUAAAAUUAAAGCAGCAGCAAAAGUUAUCAGUGCAAAAACUGAAACAAGUGUUUCAGGUACUAGUAGUGAAGCAGAUAGUGGUACAAAAAAUGUUGCAAAUAUUGAGGAACAGCUGGCAAAUACAUUUGAAGCAGUACCAACAAAUAUGCAACUGAGAAGUAUAAUUGAAAAACAGAAUCAAACUCGGAUGCCUCAGGUCAAAUUUAAUAACAGUCGAGGCUUCCCCCAAGCAAAACGUAGAGAUCCCAAUAUCUCUUCCGGCCAUGGCAGUAUAUUUGCGCAACAUAUCAAAAAAAUGAAGAAAGAUGAGACGCCAAUGGAAGUAGACCCUGCACCAAUAUCUGACCAGACGCUUGUCAUUAAAGAGAAAAGUCUAGAAGGUCCUUCAUGCAGUUGUAUCAGAAAUGAACCUUCCCAAUUCAAAAAGAAAAAUUUACCAUCACAAAGUUACAUACUAACGGGUUCAGACAGUAAGCAAAUUCAUGAAGAAAAUCUGGGUGUUAUGCAAAAUAUGUCGGAAGAGGAAAUAACUGAAGAAAGGGAGAGACUUAUACAGACAAUGGAUCCGGCCAUAAUUGCCUAUUUGAAGUCAAGAAGAAAAAAAGAGAUGCUUGAAAAUAGAAAUCCAACCAUAAAGGAGCAAAAUGAGGCUGCCGAAGAUGUAAAAAUUGAAGAUAUUGAGACCACUAAAGAAAUACUGGCCCAUCCCAAAGCUGAAAAAUGGUUAAAUUUCGAAGUUGUAGAGAAUAAUAAGCUCGCGUGGAUGAAAGAAAUUGAUAUACCUCAAUUGAAAAACGGAACAUUUGAAGCUAGGUUCGACUUUGAAGGCUGGCUAUUGCCGUAUGCGGAGCCUGAAAUCAACGAGAAGAAUAGAAUUUUGUACCAUCAUGGAGAAGAACCAGGCAGACCAGGUUAUACCUUGCAAGAACUAUUCCAGCUAUCAAGGUCUUCUGUUAACCAGCAGAAAAUAAUGGCACUAAACGCAAUAGCAAACAUCCUCUCACUGCAUUCCACAGGAGUUUAUGACGAGAUACUCGACCUACCAAUCGAACAGAUAUUCUUCGUGAUCCGUUUUUGUUUGGAUGACAAUACUCCAGCAGUUCUGAACGCCAGCAUCAAGGCGUUACGGAAUUUAUUUUUCUCUCAAGUAGACGAAACUUGCCUUGAUAGCAUUUUAGGUUUUGGGGUGGGAAUGAUUCAGCCUAUUUUAGCCGUCGAUCAUCAGAAGGAGGAUGACAACACUGUCAACGAUCAACAACUUGCCGAGAAGAAUUUGGUUAGAUGUUUGCUGAGAACAGAUAUUCUGACUAGAAUAAGGUACAUCAUAAAUACCGUAAAACCCCCUCUGGAAACAAUAGUCUACUGCAUGGAUAUAUUGAUAAGGAUGGCUAGAGAUUCAGAAUUUCUUCUUUCUCAAAUUUUUGAUUGCGAUGGCUUGUUGAAAAGUAUCAUAGCCCAUUUUGUGCCUAAACAGUUUUUAGCAGGUGGCUGUAAUUCUGCAUAUGGUUUACCACUACUACAAGCAAUUAAAUUAUUAAGGAUCAUCUCUGCUAGGGGCAAAGCAUGGGCAAUCAAAUUAUUGAAGAAGUACGCCGUUUUAGACUCUAUAGUUUCAUAUCUUUCUGAUGAUACGUUUUCUGCCAACGUAAAUGGCAUGAGGUUACAAUCUGAAUGCAUGCACUUUUGGAGCUUGCUUUCACAUUAUCGGCUAACUGAGAAUAAAUACAGCACAUUGGAACCAGUUUUGAUCUGUAUGCUAAAUUAUCACGCGAAAAAUACAAACAUCAAUUUGGAAACGACAUUUGUGAGGGAAGGUCAUGUGGCUGCCUUGUUAAUCCUGCUGGGAAAUGAAUUUCGGAUAAAUACUUCCAGGGCAGUUCCAUUUCUUCCGUUGUUGCUAGAACAAUGUUUGCCUAAAUGGAUUUCACAAUUUUCUAAGAUGGACAGUUACGUGUGUGGUAAACUGCAGAUAAUCGCUUCGCUCAUUUACUGCUUAAGCAGUAUAAGAGGUCAGCUGGUUGAUGAGGCUGUAUUGGCGGUAAUACAUUCUGAAGGAUUCAAAAUAGCAACAGACAAAAUAACGAGUGGUUCAAUGCUUUUGAAUAAUUACGAAACGCACAAGUCCGGUCCUAAUUUGAAAACAUUGGAAGCUGCUGCUUGGCAUACCAUGGACCACGUCGUACCGAUUCUACAGACAAACAGUUGCAUCCCUUUUUUGUAUCCAAUAUCUCGCUAUGUAAAAGUUACUUGUGACAGGAAGGUGAAAUUGGCAUUUUUGCGCCAUCCAAAUAUUGUUAAAUAUCUAACGUCCUUGCAAAAGCUCGACAGAUACUACCUGACUAGUCAUUGGUUUUCAAGACCUGAAACAUCUAUGUUGAUGAGUAUGCUAAAGGCAUCUGUGGACGUGCAGGCAGAUAUCGAUACAGCAGUAUUUUACGAGCUAGCUGUAAAAUGUUUGUGCGUCUUCAAUUGUGAACAGAAGCCUGAUAUUGAAUUCAUAUUCUCAAAUAUCGUAUUUUCGACUAGGUUUUAUCCAAGCGAAGUACUGAUGGAAAAUUUGGAUAUCAGCAAAAGGAAUGAAAAUCUAAAAAUAUCAUUGAACAAUCUGGACGAAAUUAGAGAGGUGUACAUACAGGUGUUGGGACUGAAAAGUGAUGUACCAGACUUGACACAAUGUUGCAGCAUUGACAUAAGCGUAGGCAAUGUGAUACCCAUAGAUUGGAUAUACACGCCAAUACUGGUGCUCUACGUAAACCAUUUACAAAACAAAGUGAACGUUGAUGAGGCCCAACAGCUAUUCACGGUGAAAAAUUGUUUGAGAUGGAUACUUCUUUACGAAACAUAUUUUCCAUUCUUGGCGAGUACCAUCAAUCCGACGGACAAGUUUUGUCGACUAGCCUGUUUGUUUUUGGGAAGCGACAGCUUGUUCUUGGCGACCGAGAUACAUGAACUGUUGGAAUUGUGUUUCAAGAAUGUGAUCGCCACCUGCGGACAAACAUUGAAUUUCAAUAAGGAAAUACAAGGAUUGACGAAUUUUCAAGACUUCUAUACUCAGUUGCUAGAACAAUAUCAGAGUGUCAGUUACGGAGAUACACUUUUUGGCAACGUCAUAUUAGUGCCGUUAGCCCAGAAGCAUAAUGCGCAAUACAGAAAGACACUUUGGUCUGAAUAUAUGGGAGCAGUGCAGGUUUUUAAUGUCACUCCGGAACAGUGCUUUUGUGAGUUGAAGUGGCACUUAGAACCGCCAGAGGAAGAUAUGUCGUUAUUAAAAUGUUACCGAAGAGCAAUUGUCAAUAAUUUAGUUAAGAAAAACACCGUGCUGUAUACAAUAGCGAAUCAUCAUGUAGAACAGUUUGUAGGUAAGAGAAAAAAGGAAAAGAUUGUAACAAAUUAAAUUAUUUUUACUCA